AUGUCUCACUACGGAAAGCGCCCACGCCUCAGCCUGGAAGAAGGUGUAAACUUCCAGAAUCCAACUGAAACUGAUGAGGUGGUGCUCCCAGUGGUUCCCACACCUGAAAAAGAGGAGAGAGAGGGAGAGGAGGAGGUCCACAAGGAAGAGGAGGAAGAGAGCAAUAAGCAGGAGGAGGAAGAUAACAUUGAGAACGAAGAAGACGAAAAAAAUGAGAAAGAAGAGGAAAAGGAAGAAUCUGAUGAUGAAGUGGAUGAAGAUGAGACCAGAGAGGAAGAAGACAUAACUUCCAUGUUUUUGUCAUCUUCUAAUGUCUCUUUAGCUCCUUUCUCCCCUCCUUCUCCUUCUUCUUCCUCCUUCUCUUCUUCUUCCUCCUCCUCCUCUUCCUUCUUUUCUCUGUUUCAGAGCAACCUGGUAGAGAGUGCAGGCUUUGCUGUUGGGAUGCUGGGCAUUUUUCAGAAUGCUCAGAGUUUCUUCCCCUCACCUACUUUAGGGGAAAAUGUAGAUGAAGCAGUCGGCCACCAGGAAGAGAGUUCAGGUGUCAUGUCAACUCCAGGUGACCCUGACUCCUUGCUUGAUACCGUAAUACAAGAAAAGGCUACAGAUUUGGUGUUUCUUUUCAUAUACAAAUAUAGAAUGAAGGAACCCAUCACAUUAUCUGAAAUCCAUGAGGUUGUCACUAAAGAGUAUGAAAACCAUUUCCCUGUCAUUUUCAUUGAAGCAUCUAAAUGCUUGGAGAUGACCUUUGGGAUUGAUAUAAAGGAAAGUGAUCUUGUAAGCAGUGCUUAUGUCUUUGUCAACUCACUGAACCUCACCUAUGAGGAUACUCCAAGUGACAGUGAUAGGCUGCCUAGAAAUGCUUUCCUAAUAGUUAUUCUGGGUGUAAUAUUCAUAGAAGGGAACUGUGCUUCUGAAGAGAGAAUCUGGGAGUUCUUGAAACUGGUGGGAGUGUAUGAUGGGGAAGAGCACUUUAUUUGUGGGGAUCCCAGGGAGUUCCUCACCAUAGAGCUAGUGCAGCAAAAUUACCUGGAAUAUCGGGAGGUGCCUAAUAGCCAGCCUCCAUGCUUUGAGUUCCUGUGGGGUCCAAGAGCCUAUGCUGAAACUACCAAGAUGAAAGUUUUGGAAUUCUUGGCCAAGAUGAAUGGGUGUGAUCCAUCUGAUUUCUCAAUCUGGUAUGAAGAGGCUUUGAGAGAUGAGGAAGAGAGGGCCUGGGCCUUAAAUGACUCUGCAAAUACAAGCCCAAAUGCUUGGUUUGUAGAGCGCUAA